CGCAAAAGGAUCCCAAUAUAAAAAGAGAAAGUGCGGCUACUGCUGACAACAAUGCUUGACUCUACCAUUCACAGAUCUUUGCAGCUCAAACAAGUUUCUUCUUUUAUCUUUUCUCCCCUCAGAUUUUUUUGGAACAAAUCCCCGGGGGAGAUGAAUUUGGAAGAAGGAAUUGCCAGAAGCUGCAGAAUUAAACAAUGAGAGCUUAUGCCCGAACCAUCUUCUCUGAGUACUUGAUUCUGUCCGUUCUUGUCGCGUUUUUCGCCGCCGGCGCGGAGACCCGCCGAAAUCAAGAUUUCAUUGCCCGGAAAAUUCUACAUCAGCCUCUGUUUCUCGUCGGCCCAGAUUCACCGGUUGAUUCCGAUUUGUUCCAGCCGCCGCCGCUUUUGCCUCCCGCUGAUCCCAUAACUCCUAGCCCCGACCAGCCCUUCUUCCCGGAAGUUCCCAGCGUCCCGGCCGCGUCGGAUCAGCAGACACCGCCGCCGGCCCAGCGAAAUGAGUCGCCGGUUGCAAACCCAAUCGCGCCGCAGCCUUCGAAGCCAGUCAAGAAGGUGGCGAUUGUGUUGUCGGUUGGGGUUGUCACCUUGGGGAUGCUGUCGGGAAUCGUGUUCCUCUUCUGCAAGCACCGGCGUAAGCAACUCGCCGUGUCUCAAAAGCUUGUCGGCGGCGGCAAUAUUCCCUCCCGGAGGGUCAAUGAGGAACCAGCGGUUCCGCCGUCCACUUUUCUGUACAUCGGAACAGUUGAGCCCUCACGUCGGUCGUCGGCGGCGAGUGAGUCCAACGGGUCGCCUUACCGGAAAUUAAGAUCCGAACGGUAUAGGCCGAGCCCGGACCUUCAGCCGCUGCCGCCGCUGAGCAAACCGCAGCCACCGCCAGACAUAACUUCUCCUCCGGCAAUGUCAUCAUCCGACGAAGAAAGCCGAGGCACCGCCUUUUACACGCCGCAAGGCUCCGUCCUGGGCAACGACAUUGCCGACGACGGGUAUUACGCGCCGGUUUCGCGGCGGAACCCGGCAAGAGUUAAUAGUUACGUCCCCUACUCAAAGAGAACAUCAUCCAAAUCACGCCUCUCUGCUUCUUCAUCCGAGGCAAAACCUGCAAUACCGCCGCCGGUUGCUCCGCCGCAGCCACUUCCGCAUGAGCCUCAUCUCCGUUAUGACAGACCGCCGGUGGCGAAGCCGUACAUUCCCAAAAGAGUUAAGUUCUCACAGCCACCUCCUCCGCCGGACAUGUCUCGGCUUCAAUUGAUAAGUGGACAACCUGAGCAAAAACCCAAACCAGAAGUCCCACCCCCGCCUCCUCCUCCGCCACCGCCUCCACCACCGCCUCCUCCUCCUCCGCCGCCGCCGCCGCCGCCGGUGACCAGAACACCCGGAAUUUCACAGAAGAAGAAUCCCCCGUCAUUUGAAAUCGGAAAGAAAGAACCAAGGAGUUCAAGCCCAAAAACACCACAAGAGAGCGAGAAGAAGAAGAAGAGCCCUUCAACAGAACCCGGUUCAGUGGAGAGGUCUGAUUCAGAUGAGAUAGAUGGAUCAAAACCAAAGCUGAAACCUUUGCACUGGGACAAAGUGCGUACGACGUCGGAUCGUGACACCGUCUGGGACCACCUCAAGUCCAGCUCCUUCCAGUAAGUACCAGAUGCCGUCCCUGUUGCUUAAGUGUUAAGUUUAUGGCACACUUUUAGUAUGUGGCUGGGUCCGUUGGAUUUAUUUAUUUUUUCAUUUAAACUUUAUUGACUGCUAAAAACUAAAUUUACUAAAUUUCAUUAAAAGUUCUAUUGAACUGAACAAACUAUGUGUGAAUAUGAAAAAGCUUGGUAGAUAAAGUUAGAGAUUAGAUAAAACUAAUUUGAUUGUAUAAAUAGCAAUAAAUGCAAAUUUUGUAAUUAUGCUGCUUGUAUGUGUACAUUCAUUCAGAUUGAAUGAGGACAUGAUGGAGUCACUCUUUGGGACUAGUUCUGGAAAAUCAGCAGUGGACGAAACUGCUAAGAAACUCAAACCCGCAAUCCGUCAUCCCGCCGAGCCAGACGACAGAGUUCUUGACCCGAAGAAGUCACAGAACAUAGCAAUUCUUUUGAGAGCAUUGAAUGUAACAAAGGAAGAGGUUACCGAAGCACUCCUAGAUGGUCUGCUGCACUUUGAUUUCGAGUUACUGUCUUGCAUACCAUUUCAUUUCUUAUAGUGUUUACUUCCUUUCGUCACAGGGAACCCGGAAGGAUUGGGUCCUGAGCUUUUGGAGACUUUGGUGAAAAUGGCUCCAACGAGGGACGAAGAGAAAAAGCUAAGAGAUCGCAAGGGUGACAUCUCAAUAUUAGGACCUGCAGAACGAUUCCUCAUGGCUGUUCUUGAUGUGCCAUUUGCCUUCAAAAGAGUGGAAGCAAUGUUAUACCGAGCAAAUUUCGAUUCAGAAGUAAACUACUUGAGGAAGUCAUUCCAAACUCUUGAGGUAAAUAUAUAUUAGCUUCCCAAGUCUUUAAUAUUAAGCCAUCUUGCAUUAGCCAUUUAAAAAAUGAGCCAUAUGAAAAAUGAAAAUUGAACUUCUAAAGCAUAACUUUAAGCCUUGUAAGAGCGCUAAGCCUUGCAAGAGCGCUGAUUAUUCUUAAACGAGCAAUCGAUCAACAUUUUGUCAUUGUAUAACGACUAAUGUAUACAGUUUCAACAAUCUAUUCGAUUCACCUUUUAAUAUGGGAUUUCAAAUCUCACAAGUUUUGAGUUUUAUACAUUACUAUUAAACUCUUAAGGGUCACUAGCCCAAAAUUUUAUAUUAUAGGUUUAUAUUUUUUAUUUGAUGUGAAAUUUAUGUUCGGUUUUAUCAGGAAGCAAGUAAAGAGUUGAAAAACAGCCGACUAUUCUUCAAAUUAUUAGAAGCUGUGUUAAAAGCGGGAAACCGAAUGAACACUGGCACUAACCGCGGAGAUGCGAGGGCUUUCAAGCUCGAAACUCUUCUAAAACUUGUAGAUGUAAAAGGGACGGAUGGGAAGACGACAUUGCUCCACUUCGUCGUCCAAGAGAUAAUCAGAUCAGAAGGGGCUGCCUCCAACCAAACCAGUGAAAAAGCAAUCAUUAAGCCAAAAGAGGAAGGCCUCAAGAGACAAGAACUACAAGUUGUCGCAGGGUUGAGCCGGGAGCUCGGCAAUGUCAAGAAAGCAGCAGGAAUGGACUCAGAUGUCCUACAUGGCUAUGUCUCCAAGCUUGAAACCGGGCUAAGGAAAGUCCGUUUGGUGUUGCAGUAUGAGAAACCGGGUAUGCAAGGGAAUUUUUUCAAGUCCAUGAAAAUGUUUCUAAAAGUGGCGGAAGAUGAAAUAAAGAGGAUUAAUGAGGAAGAGAGGAAGGCGUUAUUGAUAGUGAAAGAAGUGACCGAGUAUUUUCACGGAGAUGUGGCAAAAGAGGGCGCACAUCCCUUCAGAAUCUUCAUGAUAGUAAGAGAUUUCCUGUCCAUAUUGGAUAGUGUCUGCAAAGAUGUUGGGAGGAUGCAUGAAAGAACAGGUGCUGAUUCGUCGAGAUCAUUCAGAAUACCAGCAAGCUCUUCUUUGCCUGUGUUGAGCAGAUAUAACGCCAAACAUAACAGAAGCUCAAGCUUUGAUAGUGUCUCGUCGUGAUUCAUACAGAUCUUUCUUUCCGAUCAAUACCUCAUUCUUUGGCUGUAAAAAAAAAUAAAUCUUGUCGAGUGUAAAGAAUGGGUAUUAGCAUUGGCAUGAAGAAAGGCUUGGGCUAUUGGGGAUGAGAAGACAAUCAGACAAACAUAGGAAGAUUUAGUAUCGAGGUGUCAUCAUAAUCCUGAUUUCACGGGAUAAUUUUUUCUGUUCUUGCAACUUUAAAGAUCAUUCUUUCACUUCUGUAAUUCCGUUGCAUCCAUUUAACAAGAUUUGCUUUUGACUUUUGAGCAUCAAACCUUUAGGCUCCUUUCGACUUCCCAGGCCCCAGACUUAUUUGGAGC